ACUUCACUGUUCUCUACUUCUCUCUCUACAGAUUCUGUACCCACAGGGCAAGCAAAACUUCUCGUUUUUCAAAAUUUCCGAAAAGUUCAAAUCUUUUUUUCGCUCUCUUUCGUUUGUCGGAAUCGGAAGCCGGACUUCUGCAACAGAACGGCUGGGUCAACCAGAAGAAGGAGAAAGUAGAACCUAUAGGCGGAGUAAAGCCUCGACAAAGGCAAUCCACAAGGUGGGUUUUCAUAAAUACGUUUUUUUUCUCUCUCGCAUUCCUCUAAUUUGUUGUUAAAGGACAAAGCUUAGAUACCCAGUUCUUCCCUUGUGUUCUUCCGCUGUAAUUUUGGUUUGAUAAUGGAGACUGGUCAUUGAAUUGUAAUUUCGUCGUCCAAUUUGGGUUUCAUCGAUUGUGGGUUUGCUGGAUUCUUGGUCCGGCAAUGGUUGGUGGUACAAGCCUGGCCCCAAUUUUCAAAAGAGAGUUGGCAAAUCUAGACAAAGAUGCUGAUAGUCGGAAAUCAGCAAUGAAGGCGUUGAAAUCUUAUGUCAAAGACAUGGACGCAAGGGCAAUCCCGCUGUUUCUCGCCCAGGUUUCGGAGACCAAAGAAACCGGUUCUUUAUCUGGAGAAUACACCAUCUCCCUCUAUGAAGUCCUCGCCCGAGUUCACGGACCCAGAAUCGUCCCUCUCAUAGACACCAUCAUGACCACAGUCAUCAACACACUGUCAGCGAGUGGGGUGUCUUUCCCUCUCCAACAAGCCUGCUCCAAAGUGGUCCCUGCCAUUGCUCGAUAUGGUAUCGAACCUGGUACUCGUGAAGAAGAGAAGAGGCGUAUAAUACAUUCCCUAUGCAAGCCACUUGUUGAAGCUUUAUUGGCCACUCAGGAGUGCCUUAGUUCAGGAGCUGCCCUUUGCUUGAAGGCACUUGUUGACUGUGACAACUGGAGAUUCGCCUCUGAUGAGAUGGUGAACAAAGUUUGCCAGAAUGUGGCUGUUGCUCUUGAAGAGAAGUCAACACAGUCUAAUUCCCAUAUGGCUUUAGUAAUGUCUUUGUCGAAGCGUAAUGCUUUGAUAGUUGAAGCAUAUGCUAGAUUGUUGAUUCAGUCAGGAUUGAGAAUCCUGAAUUCAGGUUACCAAGACUGUGGUAGCAAUUCACAGAAGAGGCUUUCAGCAAUUCAGAUGGUGAAUUUCAUGAUGAAGUGUUUGGAUGCCAGAAGCAUAGUCUCCACCCUUGGUUUGAUUAUAGAGGAGAUGGAAAAGUGUCAAUUUGAUCAGAUGGCUUAUGUGAAAGGCGCUGCCUUUGAAGCUAUGCAGACUGCUAAGAAGAUUGCAGAUGAGGGGUUGAAGUUCGACAAGAGUUCUGGUUCUGGUUCUGUCACAGGGUCUAACAACUUGAGCAGGAAAGAUCAUAGAAGAAGGGGGAAUUUGUCUAGUACGCCAGAAUCUCAGACACUUGGCUCGUUCAUGGACUACGAAUCCAUGAUUGGUUCACCUCUGUCAAGAACUCCGACAUCUCGUGUCCUGGAGUAUGACUGUGGUGGGAGUGAGUUUGACAGCAGGAGUGUGACUCGUAAACUGUGGAGUCAUGAGAAUGGAGGAGUUGAUGUGUCUCUGAAAGAUGGUUUGUUUUCAGAACUUGCUCGAGGAAAUAGUACCAUCAAGAAUGCAUCUUCUGGUCAUGCUAGGCGCCAUAGCUCGACUGAAAAUGGGGAUCAUCACGAAGGGGAAUUCUCAGGCUUCUUGCCAAGGACUCCACAAAAUGUAGCGGCCAGGAGCUGCACUCCAAGUCCCCAGAGGUCACCACGUUCUCACCUGAACGUUGACAACAUCAACAUGUUCACGAGUCCAAGGAAGCUCAUACGCUCUCUCCAAGAUGCCGAUUCAGAAUCCUACUCGAGACAAGGUAGGAGGUUCAGAGGGCCGUGUUCAUGCCAACACGAAAACAGCCCAACUUCAAAGCUCAGUCAAAAUGAAUUUCUCGGCCAUAACAACGGUUAUGCAUCUGAUGAGAAAGGUGAGUCGUAUGCUGGUGGUGAGAUGUAUGAGGAUGUGGAUGAAUCUGUUUCUUCAACAGAGGAUGCUGCCACUAUAGAUGCAGAUCAAGUUGUAGAACUGGUGGUUGCAGAGAAGAAAACCGACCCGGAAAGUGAUUGCUUUGAGAAAGGAUACCAGAAUAAGAAGAGUUGUGGGUGGCUUGUUGCGUUUGGUGUAGCUGUGUUUUCAGGCUUGGCAUCGUUGGUGAUGUUGUUUGAUGGUUAUGAACAAGGUCAUUUCCUUCCUCCAACUUAG